AUGGCAUAUCUGAUGGCGGCUUUCUCCUUGGGCAGCGCUUUGAACGGCAGCAAUUCUGCUUGUACCAUGGCCGAGCCAAAGUCAGUGUGUGUUUCGGUGGAUGAAGUGGUCUCAAAUGGCACAGAUAACCAAGACGUUCGACUGAUGAAUGGACAUUUAAAAAAAGUGGACAAUGCUCUGACAGAAGCUCAUCGAUUCUCCUACCUACCCCGCAGACCAGCUGUGAAUAUUGAGUUUAAAGAGCUGUCAUACUCUAUCCAAGAAGGGCCUUGGUGGAGGAAGAAAGAAUUACUUCAAGGAGAAUUUGCCCCAGAGGAGCAAAUUGACAGUUAUAAGACCCUUUUGAAAGGCAUUUCAGGGAAGUUCAGCAGUGGAGAACUUGUUGCAAUUAUGGGUCCUUCAGGAGCUGGGAAGUCAACACUCAUGAACAUUCUGGCAGGAUACAGAGAGACGGGAAUGAAAGGAGAAAUUCUCAUCAAUGGUCAGCCUCGUGACCUGCGCUCUUUUCGCAAAGUCUCCUGCUACAUCAUGCAAGAUGACAUGCUCCUUCCUCAUCUCACUGUCCAGGAAGCUAUGAUGGUAUCUGCUCAUCUGAAACUUCAAGAGAAAGAUGAAGGCAGGAGAGAAAUGGUAAAGGAAAUAUUGACAGCCCUCGGAUUGCUGACAUGUGCCAAUACGAGGACUGGGAGUCUUUCUGGAGGCCAGAGAAAGCGUCUUGCCAUUGCUUUGGAGCUCGUGAACAAUCCUCCUGUCAUGUUUUUUGAUGAACCAACCAGUGGCUUGGAUAGUGCAUCAUGUUUUCAGGUUGUCUCUCUGAUGAAGGCUUUAGCCCAGGGUGGCAGGUCCAUCAUCUGCACGAUUCACCAGCCCAGUGCUAAACUGUUCGAGUUGUUUGAUCAGCUCUACGUUUUAAGUCAAGGUCAAUGCAUUUACCGUGGGAAGGUAUUAAACCUAGUCCCUUACUUGAGAGAUUUGGGUUUGAAUUGCCCAACCUACCACAAUCCAGCAGAUUUUGUUAUGGAAGUAGCAUCUGGUGAAUAUGGAGACCAGAAUGGCCGGCUGGUAAGGGCAGUACGGGAGAGGAUAUGUGACACAGACUACAAGAGAGACGUUGGUGGUGAGAAUGAGUUGAAUCCCUUCCUCUGGCACCGGCCUUCUGAAGAGGAUUCCUCCUCCACAGAAGGCUGCCACAGCUUCUCUGCCAGCUGCCUAACCCAGUUCUGUAUCCUCUUCAAAAGAACUUUUCUCACCAUCAUGAGGGAUUCGGUCCUGACACACUUGCGUAUCACCUCACACAUUGGCAUUGGGCUGCUCAUCGGCUUGCUCUACUUAGGCAUUGGCAAUGAAGCUAAGAAAGUCCUCAGCAACUCCGGCUUCCUCUUUUUUUCCAUGUUGUUUCUUAUGUUUGCUGCACUCAUGCCAACUGUCCUUACGUUUCCUCUUGAGAUGGGAGUAUUUCUUAGAGAGCAUCUGAACUACUGGUACAGCCUGAAAGCCUACUAUCUCGCCAAAACCAUGGCUGAUGUUCCUUUUCAGAUCAUGUUUCCUGUGGCUUACUGCAGCAUUGUGUACUGGAUGACUUCACAGCCAUCUGAUGCACUCCGAUUUGUCCUCUUCGCAGCCUUGGGAACCAUGACAUCCCUCGUGGCUCAGUCACUGGGUCUUCUCAUAGGUGCAGCCUCUACAUCCCUCCAGGUGGCCACUUUUGUGGGCCCGGUUACUGCCAUCCCAGUGCUUCUGUUCUCUGGGUUUUUUGUCAGCUUUGAUACCAUCCCAACGUACCUCCAGUGGAUGUCCUACAUUUCCUAUGUCAGAUACGGGUUCGAAGGAGUUAUUCUCUCCAUCUAUGGACUGGAUCGAGAAGAUCUGCAUUGUGACAAAGAUGACACUUGCCAUUUUCAAAAAUCAGAGGCCAUUCUUAGAGAACUGGAUGUAGAAAAUGCCAAACUUUACCUGGACUUCAUCGUUCUUGGAAUUUUCUUCUUCUCUCUGCGCCUAAUUGCCUAUUUUGUUCUCAGAUACAAAAUCCGAGCAGAGAGGUAAAGGAAAAACAGCUAAAACGAUGCAGUAGGAAGAUCUUUAGACAUGCAAUAGAGGGCACUUGACAUUGUCUCACUGUGGCAGGCCAGUCUCCAGUGCCCAGCUAGAUGCUGUUAUGACCUAGCCCAUAGGGAACCACAAUGGGAUAGUGGACAUAUAGUGUUAAGCCAAUCAGUCCAGUUGGUUGGGUCAUGUUUUCAUUACACUUUCUAGCUUUAACUAGGAAGAAGAAAUAGAAGGGAAUUUUACACCACAGAAUAUCAAUACCGAGGCAGUGUAACUGUAAUAAAAAACCUGGCUGCAGGAACUUUCCUUAUGAAAACCAAUUUCGUGAUAAGGUCACUAGGAUACUAGUCCUGGUAGCCAGAACAGUAUAAUGUCAUCUAUAGUUGACAAGGUAAUGAGAUGCAAAAUGGGGAAUGCAAAGAAAAUAGGAUUCUCUCAUCUUUUUAA